CGGUGCCGCGGCCGGGCCCGGGCCGUCCCGCGCCUCCCCGGAGCGCCGGGCGGGGCGAGCCGGGGCGGGCGCAGCGGUGCAGCGCGGCCCGGCGCGGCGGAAGGAGGCCGCCGGCGGCCGCGGCCUCGCUCCCGGCGCUGCCCGCGCGCGCGGCCAGCCGCAGCCGCAGCCGCGGGGCUCGGCGCGCACCUGCCGGGCCGGGGCCGCCCGCCCGCCGCACCGCACCGCACCGCACCGCACCGCGGGGCCGCCGCAGCCACCUGCCGGCACCCCCGCACCUGCGCUGCCGCCGGCCGCGCCGCGCCGCCUUUCUCUGCGGGGCCGGGCCGGGCCGGGCCGGGCAUGGCGGUGCGCUGAGAUGAAAGUGACCGUGUGCUUCGGGCGGACGGGGAUCGUGGUGCCCUGCAAGGACGGGCGGCUCCGCGUGCGGGACCUCACGCAGCAGGCCCUGCAGCGCUACCGCCGCGCCCAGGAGAAGGAUCCAACUUACUGGGUAAAUAUCCACCACCUGGAGUAUACAGAUGGAGGAAUCCUGGACCCUGAUGAUGUGCUGGCAGAUGUUGUGGAAGACAAAGAUAAGCUGAUUGCCAUUUAUGAUGAGCAAGAACCUCACCAUAAGAUUGAUGGCACCAAUGGCAAUUUGACAGACAGAAACAGCCCGGACCCUUUUGAGACGGAGGUGGCCGCUCAGCUGGCUGCCUUCCAACCAAUUGGUGGUGAAAUCGAAGUGACUCCUUCUGCCCUGAAACUGGGCACGCCGCUUCUGGUGCGAAGGAGCAGCGAUCCAGCCGUGGGCCCGCCUGCUGACUUCCACCCCGGUGCUGCUCAUCCCGGUGACCACGGUCUCAAACAUGCUGUGGCAGGUACUUCACAGCUGUCCUUUGAGGAUGGGGAGAUGACCCUCCCUGGACCCCCAGAGCUGCUGGCGUCGCAGAGGGCCCGGCUCGCUGUCAGCGAAAUGACAAAAAUAGUGGAGAUUUCUGGAGAAGGUGGACCCCUGGGAAUACAUGUAGUGCCAUUUUUCUCAUCUUUGAGCGGAAGGAUGCUGGGACUCUUUAUCCGUGGUAUUGAGGAGAACAGCAGAUCUAGACGUGAUGGACUUUUCCAUGAAAAUGAAUGCAUUGUGAAAAUUAACCACAUGGACCUUACAGAUAAAACCUUUGCACAGGCUCAGGAUAUCUUCCGUCAGGCAAUGAAAUUUCAAAGUGUCAUCUUGGAAGUUCUUCCUUCUUAUAAUCGAGACCAAUAUGAAAAGUCUGUUAUUGCUCCCCUUUGUUUUCCGGAUAACGAAGAAGGAGUUCCAAAAGCAAAGAUUCCACCUCCUGUUCAUCCAAAACCUACCCUGAAAACCAUUAAUCUUUCUGGAACAAGCAGCUUGGAGGCAGGUGUUCAGGCAACACUGCAGCAGACUAAGAGCCCCAACCUCCCACGACUGGGUAGAAAGCCGUCUUCACCCUCACUGUCUCCCCUGAUGGGCUUUGGCAAUAAAAAAAAUGCAAAGAAAAUAAAGAUAGACCUGAAAAAAGGUCCAGAAGGACUUGGUUUCACUGUGGUUACCAGAGACUCUUCAGUACAUGGGCCUGGUCCUAUUUUUGUGAAGAAUAUUUUACCAAGAGGUGCAGCAGUAAAAGAUGGUCGUUUACAGUCUGGAGACAGAAUCCUGGAGGUGAAUGGACGGGACAUCACUGGCAGGACCCAGGAGGAGCUGGUAGCUAUGCUGAGGAGCACAAAGCAAGGCGAAACGGUGUCUCUGAUUGUGGCUCGCCAGGAGGACGCCUUUCUACCUCGAGAGCUGAAAGGAGAGCCAAACUGCAGUAUUCUUUCCCCAGAAACCACAGAGCAGCUGACCUUUGAGAUUCCUCUGAAUGAUUCUGGCUCUGCUGGACUUGGUGUGAGCUUAAAAGGCAACAAAUCUCGGGAGACUGGAGCUGAUCUUGGGAUUUUCAUCAAGUCCAUUAUUCAUGGAGGUGCUGCUUUUAAGGAUGGUCGCUUGCGAGUAAAUGAUCAGCUUGUUGCAGUUAAUGGGGAGUCACUCCUGGGCAAGUCAAACCACGAAGCUAUGGAGACACUGAGGCGCUCCAUGUCCAUGGAGGGGAACAUUCGUGGGAGGAUCCAGCUGGUAGUUCUCCGGAGACUAGAGCCCCAAACAGAGGAACGCUCAGACCAGGGAGCUUUUCAAAAAUCAGCGUUUGAGGGGAGUCAUAACAUUGCAGCUGCUUCCCGGCGCAACGAUACUGUUCUUCAGCAGUUUGUAGCUUGCAGUCCUCAGGACAGGCUAAAAGAGCUGCCAAUGUCAGAUCGUGGCAAUGGUGAGAGUGAAACCCCUCCACCUCUCCCCCCACAUCCCAGUGAGGAUCUGCUGAGUGAGGAUUAUAAUAAUCACAGCCCUAUCGUAAAUUCAGCAGUGUAUUUAGCAGAUCAGCACAUCAACUUCAGAUCUUUGACACCAGCCAAGCAGUCUGAAUCAAUUAAUCUGAAAGCCUCAAAAAGCAUGGAUCUGGUGGCAGAUGAAAGCAAAGUUAGUUCAUUGGCUGGACGCACAUCAGACUCUUUCAGCAAAGAUUUUGGUCCUACUCUGGGACUGAAGAAGUCCAGUUCUCUGGAGAGUCUGCAGACGGCUGUGGCUGAAGUUAGGAAGAACGAACUCCCUUUCCACAGACCCAGGCCUCACGUGGUCCGUGGUCGGGGCUGUAAUGAGAGUUUCCGAGCUGCCAUUGACAAGUCAUACGAUGGACCUGAGGAUGUCGAAGAGGAUGGUUUCUCUGAUAAGAGUUCUCACUCUGGUCAAGAAGCGCAGAACAUGGAACCCACCCUUCUGGGGAACCCCGAGACAGAAGAGGUAGAAGGCAAAGUAAAAAAAGACAAAAAAAACAGAGAGAAAGAGAAGAAAAAAGAAAAGGGCAAGGCUAAAAGCAAAGAGAAGAAAAGGAAAGAAGAAAAUGAAGAUCUGGAAAAGAAAAAGAAGAAAGGCUUCGGUGUCAUGUUGAGAUUUGGAAGGAAGAAAGAAGAUAAAAGUGGGAAAGCGGAUCAGAAGGGGAGUCCAAAGCACGGUGUACUUAAAGAAGAAGAACUGGAGAAAAUGAAAGAUGAGCGUGAAAGGAUUGGUGCAAAGCAUCAGGAGCUACGGCAAAAGCAAGUGAGAGGCCUGGUUGAGUACUCUACCGGCCUUGGAGGACCUGACAUUGACGACGACGACGUGGAUCCAAAUUACGCCAGAGUAAAUCACUUCCGAGAGGCUUAUCCAGCAGCAAGCAUCUACAGGCCAUCAUCACCAGCAGUAGCAGAAACCUUUGUAUAUCCACGUGAUGCUGCUUCAACACCAAUGGAGAGGGAGCACUUGGAAGGAUUAUAUGCAAAAAUAAACAAGCAGCACUACCCACAGACUCCUGGGGACAGCAGCUGUCCAGGUGCUGUGAAUGCUGAUCGUAUCCAGAAGCUACGGAAGGAGUACCAUCAGGCCAGGCGAGAGGGCUUACCUUUCUAUGAGGAGGACGAGGGAAGAACACAGCCAUCUGAGUAUGAGCAGCGUUGGGUGCCUGGAAAAGGUCCAGAUGGGAGCUCAUACAACCUGCACUUCGAAGGGAUGGAAAGGCAGUAUGCAUCCUUGCCCAGGCGUGGACCUGCAGAGCCACUGGAAUAUUUAACAGGGCCACGGGUGAUGUACAAGGAGAGAGAGCUUCCGUACUACCAAGGAGGACAGCCGGUCGGCCACCCGCCCAAGGGGAGCUACGUCCGCGCGGCAGACGCGAGAGCGGCAGAACUGCGGUACCCCCAGUACUACGCGGCCCAGCCCGUCGCCAGCCCGCAUAAAGGGCCCCUCCGGCAGGACGUGCCGCCUUCGCCGCCUCAGCCCCACCGCGCCCCGGCUUACAGCGAAACGGGCCGAGCGGGGCACCGCGGCACCGGCGCGGAGCAGUACCAGUACCGGCAGCAGGAUCCCAGGCAGAAGAACCCCGUGACGGCGGCUGUAUAGCCACGGACCGGCCUCGCCAGCGCGGCCCGGCGGGGUCCUGCCGGACGUCGCCUUGUAGAGCUGCUCCCCAGCGGAGCGGCCUGCGGGACUGGCGCCUGACCUGGAGUCGCUCCUGCUGAGCUGGGCUCGGGGUGGAGGCUCGCUAAAAGGCGAACUGAAGCCGCGUGCGGUACGGUGUGAGGUUUUGAGUAUGUGAGGUACCGGACAGUUGAGUACUUUUAAUACUUUUUAAAAAUAGAAAGUGGCCGCUAGAAACGAAGCGCAACACUUAGUACAGCUCAGGGCUAUCUACCGCGUCCGGUUACACCUGCGCAGCGCGCGGCGGUCCUCCUGCACGCGGGCGCCGGUGUCGCCGCGGUUGCUUCAGAGCACGGUCGCGGAGCCUCUGAGCGGGGGCGGCGCGGACCUCUCGCGGAGCGGGAGCCUCCUCUUCCUGCACCGGCUGCGCUUGGAGCGAGCGCAGAGCCUUGCGCCCCGCGCUGGGGCAGGCUCACGAGGGGACGGGGCAGCCGCCCGAGCAGCGCGUGCCUGGGCCUGCGUGUGCACCCGCGCGUCCCUCGCUCGCGCGGCGUGCGCUCCCUGCGUGCAGAGCCCGGGGAUGGGCCCCUCAGCCGCUGUCCGUCAGCGCCACCCUCGCCGUGCCCGUGAGCCAGGCGCAGGCUGCCGAGGAGGCGACCGCGGGCGCCGAGCCCGUGACUCGUAUUGAGUUACCGCUCUGCCAGGUGCUGCCUCCGCUCGGGGAGGGCGGCCCGGUUCCCUCCCGCUGCGGCCGGGCUGACGGCCUCGCGCCCGCACGGCUCGGGGCAGGGCCCCGGCAGCCCCCGAGAGGGAGCUCGGCCCCGGGCCGGUGCCAAGUGCCAAACUGCUCAGGUCCCCGCGGCCACGGAGGGGGCUUUGAGAGCCGGGGUGGGGGAAAGGCAAGGAAAGCCCGGGGAGGGCUUCGGCGGCCUGGGGACGGGAGCAGGAGGCUCUGCAGCCCGCCGGGGCCGCGGGCGCUCAGGGAUCCGCCGCCAGCUCUUGCCACGGGGAAGCCAUGCAGUCUUGCCACCCAGAGAAGUAUUUUUUGAGAAGUUUCUAAGUGUCCUUAACGUCCGCCUUUGGGGAGCAUCGCUGGGCAGCUGGGGCUCCUCUCCUCGCCCGGGGGAGCCGGGUCCUGGCCGGGGGCUGACGGCGCUGGCGAGGACCCGUCCCACCGGCCGCUGGUGAGGGACCAGCAUGACCCCAGCCGCCGCGUGCGCCCCCCUGCCCGCCCCCCCGCCCGCCCCCCCACUGGGGGGGACAUCUCCGUGGGUCAGCUCCAGGGCCGGGUCCCCGGGGCGCAGGCAGGACUAAAUCCAGCCCGGAGCAAGAGGCGGCGAGGGGAGGGGGAGGGAUGCAACCAAUUGGGGAGCGAGUGCGCUCCAUCCCUGCUCCCUUGCUUUCUGCCCUCUCCCCUAGUGGGGCAGCAGGGAGAGGCCCCGGCGGGAGGGGCCGGAUGCAGCGCCGUGUCUCGUGGCGCCUCCGUAAAUAAGGCGCGUUCCCCGAGGAAACCCUGCCCGCGGCAGACGUGCCGCGCUCGGCCUCGUGCUUCCCCGGAGGAGUUUUAGCUGCCGCAGGACGCUGAGCCAGGACUUGGCAGCCGCGGGGUAGCUGGUGGUGUCAUGAAGGCCCGCUGAAAGUGAAGCGAAAACAAAUUAAAAUACUUUCCUUUCCCUGCUUGAAAUAUAACCCCUGAUACAUUUGAUCCAGCUGUAAAGAAACUUAUAUGUUUGCGACAGUGGCUUUAUCAAGCCAGGCCACAAUUAAGAACAGCUCUGACUAUAAGCUACGGCCUUUAUAAAUCACUCUCAGCUAACCCUGCAAAUGGCAUCGCAGCACCGCGAACAAAACUUACUUACAGCAUUUCAAGAGCCAGGGCCAAGUAAGAGCUAGAUGGAAUCAGCUCCUGCGAUAUUUAUAGCCUGUGUAGGACCUGCGCAAUUGUGUCCCCGUAACCCGAGUCCCCCUUAGCAGCCCCCUCGGCUGCGCCGCUCCACGCGGCCGGGGCCGGCGGAGCAAGCCAGCGCCUUCGGAGUCGUUAGUCUGACCCCGCAGGUUAUUAGGUGGUGCCUUUAGAUCCGUACGGAGUUUCUUCCCUCUUCCAAAAAAAAAAAAAAAAAGAGUGAUAUGAGUGUAAUCUGUGGGUAGUCCUGCAGGUGAGGCGCUAGGAAGGAGGAGCAGCCAGACCUAGCUGGGGGACCAAGGGCAGAGGGUGUUGCAGAGCAUCUCGUUGACCUCCGGUGCCACCGUUCUGGGAGAAAACUGCCGUUUGCCCGUUUAAUAUCUGGUAGAGGUACGGUAUUUUCAAAAGUAUAAUGUGUAACUACAGUAUAUAUAGUCAGCUUCUCCGCAGUGUAAAAUGUAUGAUUUUAGCACCAUAUUGUGGAAAAAUAUGUACCGUGCAGAAUUCACGAGGUGCUACAACUGACGGUUGAAAAUACACACUUGCAAAAUCCAAAAGAGCCGUUAAGUAACAAGUUGUUCUUUUCCCCAUAUGUCCAUAUGUUUGGGAAAAUCGCGAGUCUGAAACGUUCCUGACACGUAAUUGCCUCGCGCGUGCUCACCCGCGGCGUGCCGGUGCGGCUGCAGCGUGCCGGCGCUGGCAGCGCGGGGAGGUCCGGCGGCGUGCAGCCCACCACCCUGGCGCCCGGCCAGCCGCGCUGAGCAGCCCCAGGAUGGAGGGAUGCGAAAACGAGCCUGGACUUCCCCAGCAACCACCCGCUCAUGAGCCGCGACCUCGGCCCGCGAGCGGGCUUGACCACAGUGAUUCAUGGUGGUGCAAAGUCUCCUGGCACCGCUGGAACACACGGAGAAACAGCAGUCGUGGGACAAGGCGGGGGAGCUGCGUGUUAAAAAGGCUCCAGCUUGAAAAAGCGUGUGCAGCCCUGAAUUCCCGUUCACGCCAGCUUCCCGAGCUACAAGCAGCUUCACGUGCUGCCUAGCUCCUUUACGGAUGAGCAGUGCUACCUCCUCCUCCGGGCCGCCGCGGGUCUGCCUAUCCGUGCGGCGGGCGAGUCCUGGCGGCGGCUCUGCCGGGGCCGCGUCCCGGGGCGCUGCGGCGGCAGGGCUGGGGGAGCCUCGCCAGCGUCCUGGCGCGCUGCUCGCCGGCCCCGCGUGGGAGACGGCGCCUCGGGAGACGCUCUGCCGCUGCUGGGGGGAGGCGGGCGUUGGGGGUCCUCAUGACACCCGUCUGGAACCGGCGACUGCUGAAUCGCGCGCGAUUGUUUGGGGGGAGAAAUCCAACACGCAAUUUUUAAGGGUUUUUUUCUAGGACCACAUCAAAGAUUUUGAUCUUUUGUUACAUAUGGCUAUAUAAAUUUUACCUGUCUUAUUUUGCAUUAAAAUAAAGGCUUUAAGACUA